AUGUGUCCUAUGUGGCUAUUGGUCGUGGCAGUGGUGGGCGUGGCCAGGGGAGCUGCCAGUCAGUGCUGGGAGCAUCCUGUCUGUCAAGAGCCAAAGUCUGAGAGCAGCGUGCUGGAGUGUAUCCAUCUGUGUCGCUCUGACCUCACUGUUGAGACGCCCGCAUUCCCAGGCGACGCCCACCUCCAGCCCCUCUCCCCCUCCCCCUCCUCUCUCCUGCCCCCCGCCGACCCGCAUGCCUCUAGCCAGGACAAGCGCUCCUACUCCAUGGAGCACUUCCGCUGGGGGAAGCCCGUCGGCCGCAAGCGCCGCCCCAUCAAGGUCUACACCUCCAACAGCGUGGAGGAGGAGUCCGCCGAGGUCUUCCCCGCCGAGAUGAGGAGGGAUCUGGGCAAUGAGUUGACGGAGGAGGCCCCAGAGGCGCAUGGGGAGGCACGCCGGGCGCAGGCAGGUCUCUACGACCUGCAGGAGAAGGAGGACGGCUCGUACAAGAUAAACCACUUCCGCUGGGGGAAGCCGCGCCGCACCAAACGCUACGGCGGCUUCAUGAAGAGCUGGGACGAGAAGAACCAGAAAACCCUGAUGACUCUGUUCAAGGCCGUCUUCAACAAGGACAGACAGCAGCAGGGGAUAGGAGAGAGGGAGAGAGGAGGAUCCAUGGAGGAGGAGAGAGAAUGA